AUGCCGCAGGUUAUUGCCGCUCCGUCAGACAAUGGCUUGGAGUACCGAACUGCUGAGGAGGUGAAGGAUCAGCUGUUGCCCAUCUCCGAGAUGACCUUCACUGGCCCGGUCACCGUCGGCGGCCCGAAUGUCACCCUUCACGGCGAUGCUUCCUCCAUCUUCGAGCAGAUCCUCGCCAUCAACCCUUCAUUCAACGCGGAAGAUUUCCAGGAGUCUGAGGGAGGCUUGAAGGCUAGACAGACCACCAACAACUGGAACUGCAACUCGGGAACGUACGUCGAGGCGUACUACUCUCAAUGCGCCAACGCCAUCAACCGCCUGAUCACCCUGGGCACCAACUACUGCAGUGUCCCUGCCAGCACCUGCGCUCGUGUGGCCUGCUCCAACAGCUGCUCUAUUUACCUCUGCAACAACCGAUUUAUUGAGACGAGUGUGUACUGUAGUGACAUUGCUGUCGACAUGGGUAUCAUUGUGAGCAAGUGUGGUACUGUUGCCAACGGCGACACCCGGGCGAAAGGCACUCUGAGCUUCCAGAGUCACUAUACUUUUCUUACCCAGCAGACUUGCUGA